CCCAGAGUGAGCUCCUCCGGUUGCCUCCUGCUUCUCUGGGAGACUCUUCAAAAUCAGCAGUAGGUUUCAGAACGUGCUGAGAAGUCUCAGCUGAGCAACAUUCCAGGGGAAGGCAAGCAAUAUUCUGUACCAUCACUUGUUUUACCAGGAUAUACAAGUUCUUCCGAGUGGUUGAAUCAGUUCUUCCAUCUCCGCUUUUCCUCAGGAGAAAUGGCCAAACGCACCUUUUCCACAUUAGAGAUAUUCCUGAUUUUCCUCCUUGUGAUGAUGACAGGGAUCACAGUGGCUCUUCUCAGCCUGUUGUUUAUCACCAGUGGGACCAUUGAAAACCACACAGGUUUUCCGACCACCCAGAGCCCUCCAGCCACACAGGGCUCCACAGCCCCUCAAGGCUCAGUGCUCACCCAGGGCCCCACAAGCGCCCAGGCAUCUCCAACACCCAGCACCCCAGAGCCUACUCUAUUUCAGAACUUCAGUGGCUACCAUAUUGGUGUUGGGCGAGCUGACUGCACAGGACAAGUAGCAGAUAUCACUUUGAUGGGCUUCAGCAAAACUGGCCAGAAUGCACAGGGCAUCCUCACGAGGCUGUACAGUCGUGCAUUCAUCAUGGCGGAACCGGAUGGGUCCAAUCGAGUGGUAUUUGUCAGCAUCGAGAUAGGAAUGGUAUCCCAGCGACUCAGGCUGGAGGUCCUGAACAGGCUGCAGAAUAAAUAUGGCUCCCUGUACAGAAGAGACAACGUUAUCCUGAGUGGUACUCACACACACUCAGGUCCAGCAGGAUUUUUCCAGUACACUACAUUUGUAAUUGCCAGUGAAGGAUUUAGCAAUCGAACUUUUGAGUACAUGGUCACUGGCAUCGUGAAGAGCAUUGAGAUAGCACAUGCAAAUAUGAAACCAGGCAAAAUCUUUAUCAAUAAAGGGAAUGUAGAUGGUGCACAGAUCAAUCGAAGCCCUUCUUCUUACCUUUGGAAUCCACAGUCAGAGAGAGCAAGGUAUUCUUCAAAUACAGACAAGGAAAUGGUACUCUUGAAAAUGGUAGAUUUGAAUGGAGACGACCUUGGUCUUAUCAGCUGGUUUGCCAUCCACCCAGUCAGCAUGAACAAUACCAAUCAUCUUGUAAACAGCGACAAUAUGGGCUAUGCGUCUUACCUUUUUGAGCAAGAGAAGAACAAAGGAUAUCUACCCGGAGAGGGACCAUAUGUAGCAGCUUUUUCUUCAUCAAACCUGGGAGAUGUGUCCCCCAAUAUUCUUGGCCCGCAUUGCAUCAACACGGGAGAGUCUUGUGAUAACGCCAAUAGCACUUGUCCCAUUGGUGGGUCUAGCACGUGCAUUGCUAUGGGACCCGGGCAGGAUAUGUUUGACAGCACACAGAUCAUAGGACGGAUAAUAUAUGAGAAAGCAAAGGAACUGUAUGCCUCGGCCUCCCAGGAGGUAACUGGGCCCCUGGCUUCGGCUCAUCAGUGGGUGAAUAUGACAGAUGUCACCGUCUGGCUCAAUUCUACACACACAGCGAAAACAUGUAAACCAGCCUUGGGCUACAGUUUCGCAGCUGGCACAAUCGACGGCUUUGGAACCCUCAAUUUUACGCAGGGGGCAACAGAAGGGGAUCCACUUUGGGACAGUGUUCGGGAUCAGCUCCUGGGCACGCCAUCUGAAGAAAUCAAAGAAUGCCAUAAACCAAAGCCAAUCCUUCUUCAUACUGGAGAGCUGUCAAAACCUCAUCCCUGGCACCCAGCCAUUGUCGAUGUGCAGAUUAUUACCCUUGGGUUCUUGGCCAUCACUGCCAUCCCUGGGGAGUUUACGACCAUGUCUGGACGAAGACUUCGGGCAGCAGUUAGAGAAGAAUUUGCAACUUAUGGGAUGCCAAAUAUGACUGUCGUUAUUUCAGGUCUAUGCAAUGUUUAUACACAUUACAUUACCACCUAUGAAGAAUACCAGGCUCAGCGGUAUGAGGCGGCGUCCACAAUUUAUGGACCACAUACUCUGUCUGCUUACAUCCAGCUUUUCAGAGUCCUUGCUAAGGCCAUUGCCACGGACACAGUAGCCAAUCUGAGCAGUGGUCCGGAGCCCCCAUUUUUCACAGGCCUGAUGGCCCCAUUAAUUCUUGAUGUUGUGGAUAGAGCACCUGCAGGCACAACUUUUGGGGAUAUCCUGCAGCCAGCGAACCCAAAAUAUGGAGUGGGAGAAGUUGUUGAAGUUACAUUUGUAGGUGCUAACCCGAAGAAUUCAGCAGAAAACCGGACCCAUCAGACCUUCCUCACUGUGGAGAAAUAUGAGGCCACAUCAGCAACAUGGCAGAUAAUGUAUAAUGAUGCCUCCUGGGAGACUCGUUUCUAUUGGCACAAGGGAUCAUGGGGUCUUAGCAAUGCAACAAUACAAUGGCACAUUCCAGACACUGCCCAACCUGGAACCUACAGAAUAAGAUACUUUGGACACAAUCGGAAGCAGGACUUACUCAAGACCGCUGUCAUAUUUUCAUUUGAAAGCACUCCCUCCACUUUUGAAGUUGUAACUACUUGGUGAAAAGUUGACAAAUCAUAUAAAGAGCAGCUCUUCUCUGUAUAAUUUAAAUAACUGAUUUCAUGUGAAUGUAACCUAUUAUGAUGACUUCAAUAAUUGUCCUUGUUUGGGGACAGAUAGUUUACUGCUAAUGGGACAGGUAUGUGUGGGUGUGUGUGCAUGAGAGAGAAAGAGCGAGAGAGAGAGGGAGAGAGAGAUGUGUAUGUCCCAUUUACCUUGCUCUAGUAGCUUUUACCUCAUGGUCUGCUGCCUAAAGCAUGAUUUCCCUUGGGGCCCUGUGGCUAUUUAAAAAGACAGUUCCCCUCAAUAUGAAACCUCCAAAAUAUUAGUAAGAGUGGUUAAAAAUGUGUGAACAAUAUUUAAACUAUUUAUUUAUAGAAUUAUGGAAUGUUAGCACUUAAAAAAUCUGAAGGGGUCAUCUAGUUGGCUCCUUCAUUUUACAGAUGGGAAAAUGAAGUUUUAUGGAUUUAAGAUUAGCAUAAGGCUAGGACCUUUCCCCUCAGCCACAUUUAAGAAAUAUUAUAUAAACACCAACCAUAAAUGUAUAAGUCCAGUUAGAGAAAAUCAGCAUGUCAGAUUUUCUACACUGAGCGUAGCUUUUCAAAACAGUCACCCCAGAGUUGAUAUGGCUGAUACAGAGUUUUGUGGAUGUUCAAAUCAUUCCUGAAGUUGCCUUCAGAGCCCAAUUAUGAGAAAGUCACACUUGUAAUAUUUUGAUCAUGCCUUGUGUUUCCCGAAGUGGCCUUAUCACACUGAAUUGUGUCUCACAUUCCCAAGCCUUGUUCUAAGUGAUUUUUGAUUGUUUUCACUAA